CGCGGACAUAACGGAAGUUUAGACGGUUGCUCUGGGUGAACGAAAGGAACACUGACAGCAUCGUAUCAAGAACGAAAUUAUCAUCUCUCCCUCAAUUAACCCAUUUUCCCCUUUCCCUUACACAUGGCGUCCAAUUCUAAUAUAGAUAUUGAGGGUGCGACCCAGCACCUCCGGGACAUUCUAAAGCUCGACCGUCCCGGGAACAGCACCGAUGCACCAUCGAGUGAUGGUCCAAGAAUGCCGUCUUUUAAUGGAGAGCUGAACGGUUUAUUGGGAGCAGCAGGUCUUUUGGGGAACACCGAUCGAUCAUCCAUGUCAGAUUCUACCAGACCGAUCUCCACAGACCUCUGCAGCAUGCAGGAGUGUCAGAUAAUCUGCCUUUCUGGCGAUAAUGGCUCCACUUCUCUCCCCAUCACCUCCAACAACGUGGAGAUUGUGGCGAGUCAAGAUUCCAGCAUCAACAGCAAAGCUCGGGGGAGCAACAAGGUGAAGAUUCAACCCGUUGCCAAGUAUGACUGGGAACACAAAUAUUAUUACGGCAGACUGAUCGCGGUGUCCAACUCCUUCGUGGCCUACGCCAUCAGAGGAGCCAACAACCACGCUAUGAUCCGUGUCCUGAGCAUCGGCUCUGCGGAGCGCUCCCUUCUGAAGGGCUUCACUGGAGCCGUCACAGAUCUGGCUUUCGCUCACCUCGACUCCUCCCUGUUGGGCUGUGUGGACGAGGCGGGCAACCUGAUGGUCUGGCAGCUCACCUGCACUGCAAGCAAGAUACUUGAUCAGGUGGUGGUUCAUAUCCGACGGCCAGACGACUCCCCGCUGAACUCCCACCGCCGCCUCAUAUGGUGCCCGUUCAUCCAGGACGACAGCGAGGAGAACCAGGACGACCCCAGCCAGACUUUAGCUCUGUUGCACGAAGACUUGGCUGAGGUGUGGGACCUGGAGGUCUUGAGGGCCACCUACAGCAGUUGGCCCGUCGAUGCUGCCGACGUGAAAGAUGGCCUCAUCGCAAUCAAGGGACACACACAGCGGGUCAGUGAAGGGGCCCUGUCCCCAGAUGGAACCGUGUUAGCCACAGCCAGCCAUGAUGGAUACAUCAAGUUCUGGCAGAUUUACAUAGAAGGGGGACAGGACCAGCCCAGAUGUCUCCAUGAAUUGCGGCCCCACGGAGGACGCCCCCUUUCUUGUCUUCUUUUCUGCGAUAACCACAAAAGACAGGACCCCGAGGUUCCUUUCUGGCGGUUCCUUAUAACUGGAGCGGAUCAGAACCAGGAGUUGAAGCUGUGGUGCACUGUGUCCUGGACCUGUUUACAGACCAUCAGGUUUUCUCCAGAUAUGUUUAACUCGUCCGUUCUGCCAAGUCUGAAGGCAAGCCUGGACCUCGCCUCAGAGUAUCUCAUCCUCACUGACGUCCAGAGGAAGGUUCUGUAUGUGAUGGAGCUGCGACAGGACCAGGACAAAGGCAAAGCCACCUUCACAGCCGUGUCAGAGUUCCUGCUGACCCACCCUGUGCUCAGCUUCGGGGUCCGGGACGUCGCACACAGCCGCCUGCGACACACUGAGGUCCUCCCUGCAGAGGAGGAGAGUGAGAGUCUCACAACAGAGGGCAUCCAAGGACCAGCAGAGUCCAAGUCUGGGAUCCAAAUUAAACUUUACUGUGUUCACACCAAGAGCCUACAGGAUGUCCAGAUCUGGUUUCAGCCCAGCUUGGGUUCCAAUUCUGCAGUCUUCCUGCCCCAUUUGGAUUCCCACGAUGGUUUUGGGUUUUCAGACCAUCUCACUGACCAGAGCUCCGACAAAGAAUCAGGAAGUGGCUCCCAGACCGACCUUAGGAAGAUCCCAUCCCUUCCUGCUCCGACUGACUUCCUGUCAAACUCGGGGGGCAUCAGCAGUACCAAGCUGAUGACCCCCGAUGCCUUCAUGACACCCAGCGCUUCGGUACCGGCUUCUCCUGGCAGCAACACUACCAGUCUGACCAUCGUGACCGCUAUCAGCAGCAGCCCUGACUCUACUAACAGAGCUAUGGACGAUGUGAGUCAGAGUCCUAACAGAGCAGAGAGCAGCAGCAGCAGCAGCAGCAGUCUGACUCUCUCCACCAGCAGCCCCCGACCUGCUUCUGCUGUGCUGCUGCCCGGACUUGAUAACCUGCAGGCUUUAGCGUCUCCCAGCGGUCCCCUGGCGAUGGACAGUCCUCAGGUGCUGGAUGCUCCCCUCCUGCACCCUCUGGCCUCUCCAACCAGGGCCCGCUCCCCCGACGUCAUCUCCUCUGCCUCCACAGCCAUGUCCCAGGAUAUGCCGGAGAUCGCCUCCCAGACCCUGCAGCUUCAGAGGGUACUGGGCUCCAGUCUUGAGUCUUCGCCUCUCUCUGCUCUGCAGACGGACAGCAUGGCCUCUGCUGCGUCCGCCCUGCACCUGCUCACCUCCCCCCGCACAGCCAACAACAACAGCCUUUUGUCCCUGGAACUCGGAGGUGCAGAUGGCUCGGUGGGUGGAGUAGUAGAUUCAGAGCCCAGACUAAGCAACACCCCGUCUCUGCUGGAGAACGCCCUAUCACAGGAGAACCCGGGGGCAGGGGGAGGAUCGGAGGGGAGCGUCAGCCACACGCCUUGGCCGGCUGCGCCUGACAUCACGAGAGAAACCAGGAACAGUCUCAGGGACAAUGGGCUGGGAGACUGUUCAAGAGAGGAGGCGAAGGACCGACAUUUGAGCUCACCGUACCACCGGCGCUCCUACCACCUCACACAGAACGACAGUCAGGACGCCGGCGCUGAGCAGAGUGACCCUGAUGAUGAGGUGCCCACCAUGGCAUCAUCCUCAGGAAACUGUGGUCGUUCUUCCCACAGACUACCAGUUAAGGAGUGGAAGACCUCCCCACGAGGCUCGCCAAAAGUAAAGAGAAAGACCAAGAAAGAUGACAGUGAAACGUCUCAGUCCAGGCAAAUGGACUCUGGUCAGAUGAAUGCAGAGGUGCAAGACGAGCUGCUGAUGCUCCUGCGCAGCCAGCAGAGGGAGUUAACUGAACUGCGCGGACAGAUCGAAACCAUGCAGAGCACCAUCAUGGUCCAGGUAGAGCACGUCCUCUCCAAUCACCAAGAACAAGAACAACGCAGACUAGAGCGAGUGCUGACCGAGAGUCAGAAUCAUCAGCAGCAGCUCCAGGAUCAGCUGAGCCAGCAGCUCAGCCACACCCUCAGCUCGGUGAUCACCAACAGGAUGGACAAGGUGCUGCGGGAGGAGAUGAAGAAAACAGUCCCGCAAACAAUCUCUAAGAGUCUGGAGCCGGUGACCGGUCAGCUGAACAACACAAUUGCUGCUAAGCUGACGGCUGUGGAGAUCACUCUGAAAGACAAUGUCAGCAAGGUGGUCAAAUCCAAGAACACGACGGAUGCUAUUGGUCGAGCAGCAGCCGAGGCGAUGCAGGGGCCCAUCCAGGCGGCCUAUAAAGACGCCUUCCAGAGCAUCGUGCUGCCUAUCUUCGAAAGAGGAUGCCAGUCCAUGUUUCAACAGAUCAACGACAGCUUUAAACAAGGAACACAAGAAUACAUCCAGCAGCUCGAGAGCCAUAUGAAUAUCAGCAAGCAGAGAGAGCAGGAGGCACGGGAGCCAGUGAUUGGCCAGCUCCAGCAGAUGAUCGAAAGCUUCCAAAGCUCCACCGAUCAGCUGGCCAAUAACAUCACAGCGAACGUGCGGGCAGAGGUCCAGCACCAGAUCCAGAUGAUGGUGGGAAAUUUGCAGGAGACUAUUCUUAGCCACGUGCAGCGAAUCGUCAAGGGCGAGGUGAGCAUGGCGAUGAAGGAGCAGCAGGCGGUGGUCACCUCCAGCAUCAUGCAGGCGAUGAGGUCAGCGGCUGGCACCCCCGUCCCCACAGCGCACCUUGACUACCAAACGCAGCAGGCCAACAUCCUGCAGCUGCUCCAGCAGGGCCAGCUCAACCAGGCCUUUCAGCAGGCUCUGUCAGCCACUGAUCUGAACCUGGUCCUGUACGUGUGUGAGACCAUCGACUCUCAGCAGGUGUUCGGGCAGCACCCCUGCCCCCUGAGCCAGCCCGUGCUGCUGUCGCUCAUCCAGCAGCUCUCCUCCAACCUCACCACCCGCUCCGAGCUCAAAAUCAGCUACCUGGAGGACGCGUUGAUGAACCUGGACCACGGCGACCCGCUGACCAGAGACCACAUGUCCUCCGUGUUGGCCCAGGUCAGACCAAAGCUGUUCACCUUCCUGCAGCAAGACCCCCACAGCCCGCUCAGCAAGAGGGCGCGGCGCCUCAUGAUGAUGCUGCAGGGCCUUGUCAGCCACUAACCCUAUCCUGUAAACAGUUCUUUCCUCGUAGAUACAGAUCAUGCGUCCAUUUUGGUUCACAGAUCACGUAGAGGAGAAUGCAACUUCAUCCCGCUCAUUUUUCAGGCAUUGGUUGGAGAUGGAAGACAAGGCAAGUUAAAAGACUGAGUUUGAAACUUCUUGUUUGGUUUAAGAAAAACGUUCCCUCCAGUCCACCUGUCCCUAAAACCAGCUCCUUCUCCCGGUACCAUUAGCCCUUCUCUACCUGCACCAGGGAAGUUUCGAAUUAGGGAGCCGCUUUAGUUUAUUCUUGUCCUGGAAAUACCUUCAAUGCAAGACAUUAUUUGUCCGGACAAGUUCAGUGAAGAUUCUUCCAGGACUUCAUUACCCAAGAGGCAAUCUGGUUGCUUCCCCUCCUUUUAUCCCCUUCAGGAAACAAACGACUGGAUUCGGAGAGCCUAACAUUUCUGCUAGUCCCCGUCUCCCAGACACAUCAAACCUGACUCUCCUUUUGAUGGCACUUCCUUCAAAUGUGCAAAAGACUCGAAGAAUGUUCAGCUGAGUGGUCAACAAGACCAAACGUCACUCUUUCUUUUGUUUUUCCGGGUUUUCCGUCAGGCAUGUUGAGUUUUGGAAUACAGGUUUUGAUGCAGGGUCAGCUUCUGGGCAGGAGGAGGAACAAAAGUACCUAAAGAAGAUAAGCUUCGCCUCAAAAUGUCGCCUUCUAUUUUGGAAAAACAGCAGGCUUGGCUUUUUCUUUUAUAAUACAGAUCAGCAUGUUUUUCUUAAGCCAACUUGGAAUCCAGUACACUGUUCUCAGUUCAGGUUAUUUCUAAACACCUCAGUAAAUCCUGGCAACCAAAAAUGUGUAACAUUCAAAGCCAUUUCCUGUUUGUGGCAUAUUUCCUUUCAGUUAUUUCUUAAUAGGGUUGGAGACUACAACCUUGCCAGGCCAAAUCUGUGCUUUGAAGAGGAUCAACACGCUGAAUUGUUUUACUGAAAGUUAAUACAUUUUUUCCUGUGUCUGUAUUCAGGAAGUAAAGCAACUUUUUUUUUUUUACCAAUCUGGCCUUGUUUUCAAAAAUCCUUCUUAUGAGGCUCUCUGAAGGAUAGAAAUAACAUUUUUCCAAAUGUGAAAAAUAUUUUUGGAGGUCUUCGGAAGCUGAAAAGGAUUCUGCUUGUUUGGAGCCCAUCAUGUAGUUAGACAGCCGUCCAUGUGUAAAUUGAUUCUCCCCGUCUGUAUGCCUGCCCCUUUUUUAUAUAAUCAUUUAGCAUUUGUAAGACUUGUAAACUUGCUUUAAAAGUUGUCAAAAAUAAUUAUACCACAUAAUACAAGACUUCCUAAACAUAAUUGUUACUGCUGAUGUUGUUUUAUCAGGCUUCUCCAGAUGAUGUUAAUGUGCAGUUACUUCUCAUAUACUGUAGGAGGCAGCACUUAGUUGGAUUUUUCGUCAUUUAGGUUCUGAAUUCAGAAGUCAUUCCUGCUCCCAAACAGUGAAACUCUGCACAUGUUUGUUUUUCUUUAAAGUGUGUUCAAAGUGUAUGAAGAUGUGUUCAGCCCAUUUACACCCAUUCUUGUUUAGAUGCACACAGUUUCUGCUGAUUGUAAAAUAAAAGUUCUGUUCAUUUGAACCUCUGUGUUUAGGAGUUGGAUUUGUCUAGCAAGUGCCUUAUUGUAUUCUACAUGUUUUAUCUAAACAUUUGAUCCCAUUUGGGCCUUUAGACAUGUUUGAGAAUUAUCCCACAGCAGCUCCUUCAUACUUUAAUGAGCAUUAACGGCAUUAAAAUGUUGGAUCUGAAGAAAGGCUGAGCACAGGAGAAUCUGUAUGUUUUGUUUGCAGACAUUGGACUACCUAGACAUUCGAUUCGGACAUGUAAUUGAAUAAUCGUGCAACAGAGAGAGGUUCUUUUUGACUACUACCACCCUCACCCUUCAGUUCAGUUACGGUUAUUGUCCUCAGAGUAGAAGGAGGGGUUGCGUUACCCCGAGUGGGAGCUGUGAGAAACAACUGAGGCUAGUGAUUAUGUUAUCUCCAUUAUGUUCCCUUCCCCUCUGCUUGUAUGAUUAUGUUGUAUCUUUUACAGUUUAUUUUACCCUAAACGUUUUUGGAAUAAAAAAAGACUUGUUCACUUUA